AAAUAAGCAAACAUCUUUCCACCUAAUCGUGUUAGAAACAUUAUCAUAGUGAUAAAUUGCGAAAUCCCAAGUUUAUUACAAUUAUAACACUAUAAGAAAGAGAGCUCCUAUUCUUAUUGCUUCCCACCAACUACUCUGGAACUGAAGAAUAUCACAUAUAUAUCGGCCAACCUCUUCAAUAAUCCCGGACGAGAAAAUUUAGAAACUAUGUCAAAUUUACAAGACGGUGGUGACCUCCGGUCACCGCUCAUCCCUUCGGCUGUGGACGAAUAUUCAAAACCGAAGAAAGUAACAAUGGAUCAAAUGUUUGAAAAAUAUUGCGGAGAGUUUGGGUGGUGGCAGUUGAGGCAUUUCUUGCUAACGAGCAUGGCUUGGGCUCUAGAGGGGAUCCACACCAUGGUUAUGAUUUUUUCGGAUCGUGAACCAGGUUGGCGGUGUUCGACGAGCCGCGGGUGCGAUUCAAUGGCUAAAAGUGUGUGCGAGCUUGAGCCAGGGUCUUGGGAAUGGUUCAGUGGAAUUGGAAGUUCUACGGUGUCGGAGUUUGGAUUGAUAUGUGGACAAAAAUACAGAGUUGGACUUGUCCAAGCUUUAUUUUUCGCUGGCUGCAUGAUCGGUGCUGGAGUAUUUGGACAUUUGUCAGACUCCAAAUUGGGAAGAAAAGGCUCCCUGACAAUCGUUUGCAUUUUAAACGCAAUCUUCGGUUGUCUAACAGCAUUCUCAUCGGACUACUGGACUUAUACCUUAUUCCGCUUUCUUUCCGGUUUCAGUACUGGUGGCACUGGCCUUUGUGCUUUCGUUCUUGCCACUGAACCCAUAGGCCAGUCCUGGCGUGGCGUAGCUGGAAUGUCCACAUUCUAUUUUUUCUCUACUGGAAUAGCCUCUCUAUCUGCCAUUGCUUAUUUCUUCCAAUCGUGGCGCUCUCUCUACAUUGCUUCUUCAGCUCCAGCUCUUCUGUUCGUUAUCCUCAUACUUCCUUUCCUCCACGAGUCACCUCGCUGGUUCCUCGUUAGAGGAAAAGUAGAUGAAGCCAUGAAAAUUAUGCACAAAAUUGCUAUUUCCAAUGGCAAACACCUUCCUGAUGGCGUUAUUCUUGCAGUGGACAGCGAAGUGAAUAAUGACGAUGAUGCUCUUCAUUGUCAAUCCAAAUCAAAGCUGGAGCCCGAUACCAAAGAAGCGUUAAAUGGAUCCCUUUUAGAUGUACUAAGGUCUCCUCUAACGCGGUUUCGGUUGUUCUUAGCUGUGAUUAUUAAUUUCUUUGUUUCAGUUGUCUAUUACGGGUUGAGUUUGAACGCUGUCAACCUUGGAACCAAUCUUUACCUCAACGUUGCCCUUAACGCAAUGGCUGAAAUGCCUGCCUAUUUUUUAACGGCAUUAUUGUUGGACAAGCUCGGUAGAAAGCCAUUAGCAAUGUGGACAAUGUGGUUCAGCGGCGCUUUUUGCUUGGCAGGAAGCUUGAUGAAAGGUUACGGAGCAUGGAAAAUCAUUCGAAUGGUGUGUGGAGUUGUAGGUAUAUUUUUUAUGGCUGGGACUUAUAAUUUGUUGUAUGUGUAUUCGAUGGAGUUGUUUCCAACUGUGGUGAGAAAUGCAGCAUUAGGAUGUGCAACUCAGGCGUCGCAAAUGGGGGCAAUUUUGGCACCCCUUGUAGUUGUUUUAGGGGGUGGCGUACCAUUUGCAGUGUUUGCAGCUUGUGGGAUAGCUGGUGGUUUACUGGUAAUUUACCUGCCUGAGACCUUAAAUAGGCCAUUAUAUGAUACUAUGGCUGGAAUGGAAGAAGCAGAGGCUAAAAAACCAUGUAUUCUUUCUUAGUUUUGCUACUUUUAUUUUGUUGGUUAAAAUUGUAGUUUUAGUUUGUGACCUUUUGUACUUUAUUUUGGGAGAACUAUUGUUGGAUUAUACGAUAGAUUUACUAUUAUUCCUCUUAAAUUAGGUAUUCGUAAUAUGGAAGGUCGAAAUUAUGCUC